UAUGAUCCUGAUGUUUGUACUACAACAACGUCAACCACGGCCUUCUCCAAGAAUAAUUCUGCACCGCGAAAUUCUCUACUCCUUUUCCCGUACUGGUCGUUUGCCCUGCUAAAAUGAGUCUGUACAACGACGCAUCCAACGGGUCUCUCACCCGGCAAAAGCUGGAGGAGUACCUGGCCAAGGGGACCAAUAUCAACAACACCACAGGAAACGGAGAGACGGCGCUGGCAUUGGCUAUCAAGAACGGGCACACCAGUGCCGUCAGCCUUCUGCUGAAGUUCGGCGCCAAUCCGUCCAAGCGCAACAUCGACGGCCGGUCUCCCUUGUAUCUCGUGGCCGCGGCGCCGAAGCAGAAGAGGGUGCGGCUUGUCCAGCUGCUGAUCGGCGCCGGAGCCCUGAUCGACGAGUCGGUGCCGAAUUUCGGUGACGAGACGCCGCUCAUGGUGGCCAUCUCGCAGGCUAAGGACCCCAAGCUGAUCCACGCGCUGGUGGAGGCCGGGGCCUCCUUGACCCAGACCAAUGCCCGCGGGGAAUCCGCCAAAACCCUGGCGCGCGACUCGAUGGACCCCGCCAUUCAGCGAGCCCUGGUGCCCCACGGAGACCCGACUAGGACGUACAGGCCGGAGUUGGGCAAUCUCCUCACCAGUGCGGGUGUAUUUGCCGCCGCGUAUUUUGGCGACUGGAAGGAUGUAGCCAAAGACGCGGUGGACCGGAUUGCUCAGUAUCUGAACAAGGACACCGAACUGAAUGAGGGUGCCCCUGAUCUGCACACGGUGGAAGACUUUAAGAACUUCCUGUUGGAUUACAUUGAUCGUCAAGGGUUGGAGGACUUCUACCCGGCGAAUGACCCUCGCAUUCAAGCCAUUGCGGAGGCCACAGUGGCGUUUCGAAAGAAGCCUGAGGCGAAAGCUCUCUCCAUUGCGCCGACGGGGCUAUCGAUCCAGUCACGAAGUCUCUUUGUCCAGACCAGUGGUCUGGGCGUGCAGACCACCGCUCCGACCAUUCAGAACCUUCUGACCUUGGCGGUGGCGCAACUGUACACACCCGUCCUGUAUAUCGACGAUAGUGGAUCGAUGAAUUGGGCGCUAGCAGGGCAAAACGCGAGUGGCACGACACGGAUCGAGGCAGCCAGAGUCCUUGUCUCGGAGCUCAUGGACAUCCUCGACUGGGUGAACCCUGAGGCCCAAGCCGGGCGUGGAACCACGAGUAUCCGCUUUAUAAACAAGGACGUCGGCAAUGCCGACAAGCUGACCUCGACUCAGGUCAAGGAGCAGAUGAACCAGCUCAGUCCGAAUGGGGGCACGCCUUUGGGCACCAAUCUCCGGACCAAAAUCCUGAACCCGUUGCUGUACGAGGUGAUCAACAGCAAGAAAGACCUCAGCGCCCCGUAUCUCAUCCUGACUAUCGGAGAUGGAGCUCCCAAUUCCCCUGAUACUAACGAUACCUUCCGCAACGAGGUCGCCAGCGCCGCCAACUUUCUGCAAACAAACAAAUACUCGCCUCCAGCGGUCAAGUUUACCUUCAGCCAGAUUGGCAGUGAUGCGGCGGCCGAGGCCUUCCGGAAUGGGCUGGUCAACAACCCUUUGCCUAAUAACACCCUCUAUGUUUCGUCCGACCGUUUCGAUCAAGACUAUGACGCGAACAAAGGCAACCCCGAUAGACUUAAAGCGAAUCUGAUCAACUGGUUUUCCGGUCUUGUCGAUCUCAAAUGAGUGGGGUUUUGACACUCCCCUCUGGACAACAGGCGGUGCCGUAUUUUGGGCCCCCCUCAAAAGUAGGUUGAGCUGUAGUUUCACUACUAGGCUAGCUACCAGUGGGUUCCAGGAUAAUCAAACUCAAUUAUAUAAUCAUAGUCGUCAUGGUGAUUUUGUUCACACGCUAGAAAGUUGAAUUGGUCAUCGAAGAAGCGUGUUCCCAGUGUGGGUGGGCACCGCAAGGAUGGAGGCCCUUGACCCUCAAAUAUGUAUUGUACCUAGGUAGUCAGUUGUACUACGCCUUAAGUUCAUCACGCAAAACCAGCCAUUUGCCUGCUUAGAAUUGAGAUGAGUGGAU